UGUAGGUGUACCAUGCUUAAUUUCAGAGAACUUGGCUGUAACAGAAUGUAAAACUAUGAAUUAAGAGCUUAAAUUCCCUCCUGUGCCUACGGAAAGGUGAUUGCUUUGUAUCAUCUUUCUGUGAACAUGCCUCUCACCUGGUGACUGCUUUAGAGAGAAGUUUAGGAGCUCCUGCAUUUGCCAUUUAUUUCCCAUUCAGUGUCAUUCCCUCAGUUAUGCUAGAACAGCUCUUUGUGCAGGCACACAAAAACAAACCAGCCAGCAAGGGAGGUAUAUUUAGCCAGCAAUAGAGCUGAGGGGCUUAUGCACGCAGAGUAAUGAGCAAACGUGGCACAGAGGGGGAUUUAGUGGGUAGGAGCUGAUUAAACUGGCAUGACUCAGCCAUGGGAAAUGUCUGUAUGAUAAAAGGGAAUCCACAAAAGCCAGUAGGCAUUUUGUCCUUUUUUCUCUCAUAUGCUUUUUACCCAGUGAAUCUUUCAAGGUUGUUUCUCCAUAUAUGCAAUCUGCAAUACAAGCUAUAGUUUGCCACCUUUGUGAUUAUUUUUUUAAGCUUUUGCUUCUACUAUUUAAACAAUGGGCCCCACUACCAUGCAUGAUUUGUACAUACAAAGCUUUGCAUAUGUCUAAGGAGCCUGUUUAUCUCUCAAUUUAUCCUUCUAUUGUAUAACAUGAACAGAAGCUGGCAUAUUUUACUGGAAAGAUCCCAUGCAACAAAGCCCAUGUUAUCUUUAUGCUGUUGUAUUUUCUGAAAAGGCUUAAUAUCAAAACAUGUUUAAACAACUCUGGAAGCACUUCACUAUCUUGAAAAAAAGAAAGCAGUUGUAUCUGGUGGUGAACUGAAAAAGUAUCAACCUUCUCUGCUGCCUUCAAUUUGCUCAGUCAGAUGUUUCCAAGAUGUACCCAAGAGACCAGACAAAUCAAGCAGAAUACAUUGAUUCAUCUGAAUUCUCUGUAACAGAAACAUAAUCUUGUUUUCCUUCAAGGUUAUUGUAUUUUGAUCAUCUACUACAGAGUCUUCAGUGUGGAUCACUUUAUUUCCAAAAAAGCAGUCUUCACAGAAGCUGUGAUUCAGAGAGCUGCUGAUCUGACUUCAGAUUCAGCAUUUGAGUUUCCUGGGAAGGAUAGGUGUUAACACUGAAAACGAGGAUUGAAAAUGGAAUUUAUCUCUGUGUAAUUUUGAGAAGAUGCUUAGGAAAUUUUACAGUUUACAGGUGUAUUAGCAUCCUCUAUUUUUGUCUUAGAAAAUCAUUACUUGAACACUGAGUGCAUCUCCAUGAGCUGCUCAGCACUGAAGUAGUUAACAUGGCCAGUGCAACAGUAUUUGCCUACUGUGUUGUUGAAAUCUGUUGCAGCAAGGUCAGAAAAUGUAAGAGGCUAGCAGGUCUGCCGUCUCCACUGAAGGCUAUCACUGGAUGAACAGCAUUAGAAGGAGGAAUUUUUGAUGUGGGGAGUAGGACUGAAAUGUCUGUAUUAGAAAGGAAGCAACACCUUGUAAAACUAUAAAAGUAGCUUAAAAUAAUACAGAAUAGCAUUUUUAUUGAGGAAGUGAGAUACUUUACUGUCCCACUAAUGGUGCUAUAACCCUCUUUCUGCCCUAAGGUUAACUUAAGUGUUUGACAUAUAAAUGCUAGGGAGCAAAUCAAGUUGGUUACUGAUUCACACUUACUUAAACAGGCAAAGUGGGAGGUAAGGGUUGCUUGCCCUCUCUAAGUGAAGUUCUCUCUUCCUUGCUGCCUUUGCUGACCUUGCCCUGCUUCUAACUGCAACACUGCAAUCCUUUGCAUAUGAGAGUGAUUCACAAAAAUAUAAAUGAAUGCCUUUUCUCUAGGAAAAGCCUUCCUUCCUGCAUCAACAGCAGCUAAAAAAAAUGAAGUUAACUCAUCUGAAAAACUGAGAUUGCACAGGUCUUUGCAAUGCUGCUAUGUUUUUGUGAUAGCAGCACUUGGUGCAUUGCACCUACCCCUUCUUUGCUCUUUGUGGUUUGUGUUGCUGUAUCCAUUUAUCCCUUUUCCAUCCUAUCACUUCAGAGUCAUGACUUGUAGUGCCAAUACCUCCACAUUUCUGCAGUGAACAUGGCAGAUUUCAUCUGGAGGAUCAGUGCUCCUCCAUCACGCGUGCAUCUCAACAAUUAGGCAUGGACAAACCUUCAUUUUGGUGUGCCUGCUCACAAGACAAUAUUCUCCAGAGCACAUAAAGCCACCUUACUGGUAAAUACAGUUGUGGGCAGCUGGCUGAACCUGCUCCUCACAAUUUAUUGAGGCUGGCAGUGCAGUAGUUCAGGGGUGGCAGUGCAAUAGUUCAGGGCUGAAAGGCCCACUCACAGUGCUUCUUCAUGCAUUGCUCUUACACAUGUAACUCAUGUUUUCCAUUAAUGAUGCCAUGUGCAGUUACCUUUCUCUAGGGACAGGUCCCACUAACUAAACUCACUGGCUUCUUAAUCCCCCUACAUUAUGGAGUGAUAAGUUGUAUUUAUUCAUUUUAAAGCUAAUCAGUGUGCAAUACCAUGUGUUGUGCAACUUCUUUUGCAUGUUCUUUGUCUAAGUCCCUGCUUAUGUAACUGGUGUUUAAGAAAAUAAAACCUUCCUACAACAGGCUGAUAAUGUGAACAACUGUAUAAAAAUAGGUAACAUAAGGAAAAGAAAAAAAGGGUUAAGUAAUGGCCUGUCAGUGUUCACUAGCAUGACUCUUCAAACAGGUUAGAGAGCUGAGGGGGGGUGCAGAGCACCUGCUUCCAGCAACAAGCACUGCAGGGGAAGUCUGCAUUGGUAAUAGAAAAUUAGGUGGAGGAACAGAAAGGAAAGCGGUGGUGGUGCUUGUGUUCAAGGGUAAGUCUGAAGCAUAUGGGAACAAAACUUUAUUGAGAUCUGAAAACAGCACUCAUUGUGAAAAACCUCACUUUGUCCAUCUUUCCUUGGUUUCACAAAACUCUUUUGCUUAGGAGUCAUACCAGGUAAAAGGGAUGUAUUUAUUAAAUUGAUAUUUUUAAGUGAGUCCCCAGAACACACACUUACUGGCAAAGAAAAGCACUGGUCUUAAAAAAAUCAGUGUGAUCCAGUCAUCUCUUAAGACCUUGACAGCUGCCUGACUGCAGCAUUACCACUCUGGGCAAGAAAUUGGAGAAAUGUGGGGAGACAUAGAGGAAGCUGUCUUACAGAGAGGGAACAGUUUACAGGGCCAGGAGUAAUUUUAAUGUAGAUCCUAGCACACCAAAUGAAGAGUGUUUUCCAUCCUGUUUUAAAAGUUCAAGUGGCAUGUAGCUUUGGAAAGAAAAAAAAGAGCCUGUAUUCUCCAGCUCUACUGUGCACUUGUUCAACAAUCAUGAAGUCAUGUCCUAGACCAGAGGCAAAGAGAGAGCUGUGGGAUUACAUAACACUCAACUUGGAAAAUUCCGAUUCCAGACAGGAUCUAAGGACCGUUCUGUGGGUUUGAGGAAGUGCUCCUGCACGAUCUGAUUGCAAAUAGCAGUUGCAGAGUUCUUGAAUGAAUGAAAGAAGCAAGGUGAUACUACAUCUGUAUAAACUAUUAGCUAGACAGCUGUUAUAAUAUAGUGCUGCUUUUAAAAGGAUGUUGGAAAGCCUGAAAGAUUCAGCAGUGGCAAGGAUGACUCAUGGUAUGGAAAAACCCGAUUUAUAAAGAGUAGUAGCAGUUCAUUACAUGAAGUUUAACAAAUGUAAGGUUAAAGGUGACUUAGACUUUGUCUAUAAUUACCAAUGCAAGGACAGUUUAUCUAGUAUUUGAGCACUUUCUAGUUUACUUGUCAGCAUACAAAACCAGAGCAUUGUGUGGGACUGAUCUCUGCUCAAGAGGUGCAGAGAAUCCUAACCUGACUUAGUGUUGUGGGAAAGGCUGAUCUUGAGUGUAUUUCUCAGAAAAUUUGUUGACACCCUGGGUAACAGGGGCGACUUAACAAUGCUGAAUUUGGAAGCUUCACCGCUGUUUUUUUAAGGAAUCCAGCACUAAUAUUCCUCAAGGUCUAUGCACCAAAAUAUAGGAAAGACAUCUGCAAUUGCAUUCAGCAUCAGUUCUGAAGGUGCCAAACCUGGUGAAUAGCCCUUUCCAGGAGAGAGCUGUUGUCACACAGUGUGAUGUGAAUUCACAGUAGACUAAAGGCACUUUUACUGACUUUGAAGAAGCAGUCUGAAAGGUAAAUUUUCUAGUUCUAGAGCCAUUGCUAGUCUUAUAAAUCUCAGGAUAAGCUUGCUUCCCCAGGGCUGCCAGUAGCAGGAAAUAGCAUUAUGUGUUCUACUGCCUGAGCAGUAAUCAAUGUCCUGUGUGUUGUGUAUCCUGCCAUGCUAGUCAGAACAGACAGAGUAGUUGGAGAUCUUUCCUCCUUAGGGAAUUAUACAAAGUCACUCUACCAGAACCCUCCAGCAGCAAUACUUUAGUCUGAAGCUGUUAGAAAACAGAAAAUUUCAAAAUUCAAUGAUCGGUCUGUUUAAUAUGUGAGGCAUGAGCUCAGCAGAACAAUUCAUUGUGAUAUGAAGAAGUAUCUUAGGUACCUGUGAGAACAGGAUAAGAUUCCUCACUCUGUCAAGUUUAGCAUUACAGGAGACGCUGUCUCAUUCCUGCAGUGUUGUGCUAUUCAGGGAAUUUGGGUAUUAUUCUCCAUAAACCUUAAAACCAACAACAAAAAAUGUCCAAGAAUUUAGGGGAAAUUAUAGCAUAAUUAUGGUGCCUUCAACCAUCUGGAAAGCUUUGACUGUCUUGAAAUAAUGUUUCUCCCACAGCCAAGAGCUCUCUCAGUCUUUUUAGCUCUUACCAUCCUGUUGCUACUUAUCCUCCUGCUCACCUAGUGGUUGCCCCAGAAAGAUAUCAAAGCUCACAUUGAUAUUUUUUUUAAACCAUGAACUGCAAAAUGAGCUGCAACAGAGGUCCAGGCACAACUAUAAAUGUCAAGCUUCAGAGCAUGGAAAGGUAUUCCUUGCAAUGGCAUGUGGAAUUUCCCUGCAGAAAAUGGAGCAGGAAGUGGAGAGCAAGAAUCUCCUCUCUGCUGUUGACUAAACAUAUGCUGUCCAUAUGUUGGAUCCAUCAGCUAGGCAGGGCCACGGAAAAGCUGCAAUACCUCCAGCUUGCUUUUUCUGCUAUCCAGAAUGAGAACAGUAUCAUGGGUGCUAAAUUAAAGAAGAAACAGAAAAAGACAGGCGGUCAUGCAGGGGUGAAUCCAUUUCGGAAGUGAUGGUGGUAAUUCAAGAAAUCUUUAGUGAUGGCUUCAGGCUUCACUUCCCAGACCUUUGUUCUUCCAAGCAAAGUUUAUUCUUUCAAAGCAUAGACUCUGUUAACCAUACACACAAAAAGUUCUUGUAUAACUAACCUGAACCUUCGACUUUAAAUGCUCUGCCAAGUCCUUUACAAGCCCUUUCUCUUGAGAGAGAAGAUACGUUAUACUCAGUAAUGGAGCAAAACAACAACAGUGUAGAAGAUUUCUCCUUGAAUGUCUUUUCUGUCACUCCUUGUCAGCCAAACAGAUCUGAUGCCCUGGUGUCAGAUGGGGAUAAAGCUGGCACCACUCUGCUCUUUUCAGGUGUGUUUUUGGGACUCGUGGGGAUCACUUUCACUGUGAUGGGAUGGAUAAAAUAUGAUGGCAUUACUCACCUGGAGUGGACUCAGUUACUAGGGCCUAUUCUCCUGUCUGUUGGAGUGACUUUUAUUCUGAUUGCUGUUUGUAAAUUUAACAUGCUUACGUGCAAGCCCUGUAAAGAAGGAGAGGAAAAUACGUCGGAACUUGACCAGACUGCAAGCGGACAGUCCUUUGUCUUCACUGGGAUUAACCAGCCUAUAACUUUCCAUGGUGCCACAGUGGUACAGUACAUCCCCCCACCCUACCCAUCCCAGGAAGGCACUGCUGUGAGUCCUGGCUACCUUCACCCAGUGCUCAGCUGCUGCAGUGCUGGUCCCCCCAGCCCCUCGCCGGUUCUCACCAUGGGUUCUCCUCACUGCUGCCCUGCCUACACCCUGGAUAACCUGGCUUUUACUGGAGAUGAGAGCUACACUACUUAUCCUGCAGAGAAUUCCAGGAAUCAGAGGUAA